AUGACAUUCUCUGUAAAAAACGCCAGUGCUGAAGACGUUAUUAAUGAUCUUAAUAUGGCAUGUUACUCAUGUUUCUGUCCGUUUUGUGCAAAUGGACAUAACUGGGCUGCUUUGCAAGGUCAAGAUUGUCAAUUGCACCAUUGCUUAUGUGCUCCUUCACCAUUUUGGACACGUCAAGUUAUACGUCAACGUCUUCAUGCGAAAAGAGAUUUUGUAGGUGAUUGCAUUAUAUUCUUCUGGCUUCCUGAGGUUGGUAUCUGCAUGGAUACAGUUGAAAUCAGAAAAUCACCUGAUAUUAAGGGUUCUAAUGAAUACUACUUUGGUGAAAACAAGAAACCAAAUACAGAAUAUUCUCAAUCCUUCUCAAACCAAAGCAAUCAACCAUUAGUUGAGACACCUUAUUAUUAA